UAUUAGUGUUACUUAAAUAAACGAUGGCUGUAUUAUUUUCAUGGAUCGAUUACAUAAUUUGUAUAGUAAUGUUACUUGGUAGUACAGCAAUAGGAAUUUAUCACGGAGUUAUUUAUCGACACUCUCCACCAUCUGAGUACCUUUUAGGUAGUAAACGAAUAGGUGUUUUGCCUAUUGGUAUGUCGAUAACUGCAAGCUCUUUGGCAGCUGUACCAGUUCUGGGAUUCUCCGCAGAAACUUACUAUUACGGCAUUACAGUCGUUUUUGAAUUACUUACCCAAAUAAUAACAGUUUUAGUUGUAAAUUCUAUUUAUCUGCCGGUACUUUACAAUUUAAAAAUUACAAGUAUUUAUGAAUAUUUACAAUUUAGAUUUGAUAGAAAAACUAGAUUACUAGUUUCGGUUCUUUACAUGUUCCAUAUGCUUUGUAUGAUACCUCUAGGAAAUUACAUCCCAGCGUUAGUAUUAUCUCAAGUUACUGGAAUAUCAACUAAAAUUCUAAUCCCCACUCUUUGCUUCAUUUGCGUCUUUUAUACCGCUACUGGCGGAAUUAGAACUGUCGUUUGGACUGAUGUUUUACAAUUCAUUUUUAUGGCACUCUCAAUGAUUAUAUUACUUAUUGUUGGAAUUAUAAAAGUUGGAGGACUUGGUAUAAUUUAUCAGAGAGCUUUAGAAAGUGGAAGAUUACAUGUUCAUUAUGAAUUCGAUUUAACAAUCCGAGAUUCCGUUUGGUCUGCACUUAUUGGACAUUUCUUUUUAAUAACGUAUCUUGUAGGAAUAAAUCAAAAUUCAAUACAAAAAUGUAUGUCUGUUCGUUCCCUCGAAACAAGCAAAAAAGCUUUUAUGAUGGCAGUUAUUUUCUAUGCUGCUAUGACGUUUAUUCUAUUAUUUACUGGUUUUGUUAUAUACGCUACAUAUCACGAUUGUGAUCCACUUACAUCCAAACAAAUUGAGAAAUCAGACCAAAUAUAUCCAUUUUAUGCACUUGAAGUGUCUAAGAAUAUACCUGGAUUAGCUGGAAUUUUUAUAACUGGAAUUGUAAGUGCAGGGUUAAGCACUAUGUCGGCUGGAUUGAAUUGUUCGGCUACGGUUAUUUACAUGGAUUUCAUCAAACCUCUUCUAAAAAAAGAUAUGAGUGAUCAAAAAAUUAAUUUACUUUUAAAAUCUUUAAUUGUUAUUAUUGCAAUACUUAGCUUAGGCUUAGCAUAUGGAUUUGAACAAGUGCAAAAUAUUUAUUCGAAUGCUAUUGCGUUGGUUGGAGCUGCUUCUGGACCAAUAUUGGGUAUUUUUACAAUUGGUAUGAUUCUACCUAUGGUAAAUUCAAUUGGUGCUUUUGUUGGAGGAGUGUUAUCAAUGUGUUUUGUAUAUUGGAUUAGUCUGGGUAGUCAAUUUUAUAGAAUGAGUAACCCUUACUCAACAUUACCAAUGUCUGUAAAUGGUUGUCCAACUGAAUUGGGUGUUUUCAACGUGACUCAAAUAACACCAAACGAAGACAAUGGUUUUAUUUUAUACAAAAUAUCAUUUUAUUACAACGUAUGUAUUGGAUUUUUAACCACAGCAGUUCUCAGUAUAAUAAUAAGUUGGUUUACACGAAACAAAAGUGCAGUAGUACGUAAAGAUUGUAUAGCUCCGUUUAUGCAUUUUUUGUUAUCAAAAGAAUCCGAGUAUUCUCUAGUUAAGCAAACUAUAAUGUUAGAAAAGUAAAUUAGUUAUUCACAUCUGUCUUUAAUUUCUAUAGUUUCAAAUCUUGCAGGAUAAUUUUACAGAUAUGAAUAGUGUAAGAUUGUUCCUGAAACAACAAAUGAUUGUUUUAAAUGCUUCAAAAUCACUUUAUUAGUGUAGCAUAAAAACCAAG